GCUGUAUCCACGGACAUCGGCCUUUUCGCGACUUCAUUGGACCCUCCAGUUGCUAGUAGAAGCGUUUCUUCUUUGCGAUAGGCGGAGUCUUUUCUGUCUCGCUGUCGGGUUUGCAAACUACUUUUCUAGGACUACUCUCUACGGAAACAGCACGACGAGUAGCUCUUCGUCUAGCACAGUUUCUUCAGUAUCAUCUUCUACUACGCCCACAGUGCAACUCUUCUGUUAUUUGGCGUUGGCUGCGGUUGCUUGUGACUUUCCGCGCGGAAGGCGGUUGUUGCAGGCUUUGCUGGUUCUGCACCUCAUUGGAAAUGCGACCUUCAUGAUGAGGUUGUCCACUACAACCACUAGUACACAGUUGCCGUCUCCCACGCGUUCAGCAAGUGAAGCACCACGCCAGAGCUCAACGUCAGCUCAUCAGCCCACAAGUGUCGAAGUCUCACUGCUGCAGGCGAGUCUUGUUGCCUCAUUUCUACUGUUGGGGAGUACUGUGACAGUUCCUGCCUACCUUGUUCGCAAAGGCUCAAGAAUGCUCGACCGACGCUUUCGUAGGAUACUCAAUGCUAGUGUGCCAUCAUCGACCAAGAAUACGAAUAGCAAGGACACGAUAGGCUUGCUAGAGAAAAGUCGUGACCAUGAGCUGAAGCCAGUCAUUGGCACUAUGAUGAAUGAAGACAACGAUAAGACCAAAACCGCAAGAAACUCAUCCGGAGCCGUGAACAGGAGUCGUGUGCGACGGCGCAGUAAGCAGAAGAGUCCGUUCACAGAAUUUGAAGAAGCAGAAGCCCUUGCUAGUGGCGAAACCUUGCCGGAAGAUGACGAAGUAGACAGUCUAUCCGGAUCGAUGUCGUCGUCGAGCAGUGCGUGCGGUUCCAGUCGGCCUGGUACACCGGGGGAGGAGCCUGGUAGCGCGUUUAGUGAAAUCGCAGAUCAACGAAGUUUUGACAAAGAUGACGAGAAGAAACGGGAGAGAGAUACAGACACGUUGCAAGACAACGAGGUCAAAGACACGUCAAGUUCGACACAAAAUUCGGGGAAGCAAGAGCAGGACAAAAAAGAUGAAGGAGAUGCUCAGAAUCAAAAAGGACAUCAAAGCCUUCUGACACUAGCUUUCAGCCUUGGACGUUUUUUGCUAUUGCCUAUUCUGACGAGUGCUGCUUGCUGCUGUGGCUUGCGACGUUCGUCUGUAUAUGGUCUGGCGGGAUUACGUAAAAGUGUAGAUGGUGGCUCUCCUGGUGACUUAUCUUCAGACAGCGACAGCCCUUUUUCGAAUCGACGACAAGCGCCAAUGCUGCUUCUAGUCGUUGCGGCCCUAUGGCAGCUCUUCUUCGGUCUCGACGCAUCUAUGUGCUUGCUCGUUGCCGCUGUGGAUGCAUUUUUGCACACUUUUAGAGAGUCGAUUUUGA